CUCCACCAUUUCAGAGUAGGGGAGAAACCAUAAGGAGUUCUUGCUUCAACAGUGUUUGAACGGAACUUCUUGCUUCGUCCCGAUUUCUUUCCAGCUCGUGUGCAUUCCGGACAAGACAAUCCUUUUCUACUUGAACACUACUGAAAAAAGUCGCCGUAAAGCUCUAUUUUUGUACCUUUUUGUUAAGAAAAAGCACAAGAAACGCCAGCCAAAAUGGAGUCCCAAGUGCGUCAGAACUACCACCGCGACUGCGAGGCCGCCGUCAACAGGAUGGUCAACAUGGAGCUGUUUGCCUCUUACACCUACACUUCUAUGGCCUAUUACUUCUCCAGGGAUGAUGUGGCCCUUCCAGGCUUUGCCCAUUUCUUUAAGGAGAACAGUGAUGAAGAGAGGGAGCAUGCUCAGAAGCUGCUGUCCUUCCAGAACAAGAGGGGAGGACGCAUCUUUUUGCAGGAUGUCAAGAAACCUGAGCGUGAUGAGUGGGGCAGUGGGCUUGAAGCCAUGCAGUGCGCCUUGCAGCUGGAGAAGAAUGUCAACCAGGCUCUGCUGGACCUGCACAAGCUGGCCUCUGAUCACGCAGACCCACACCUGUGUGACUUCCUGGAGACUCACUACCUGAACGAGCAGGUUGAGGCCAUCAAGAAGCUGGGUGACUACAUCACUAACCUGACCCGCAUGGAUGCCCAUAACAACAAGAUGGCAGAGUACCUGUUUGACAAGCACUCCCUGGGCAGCAAAAGUUAAAUGCAAAGCCAGGAUUAAGCAUCUCAUGAAAGUCAAGACACGAAGGCCUUAAAGAAUAAACACACCUUUCUGCUUUAUCUGUUCACUCACUCAGCAUAACUACAAAUCUAAUCUGCCUUGACUAUUAAGAUCAGUUCUCGUUUGAUCUGGUGGUGUCGCUGUCAAAGUGUCAUGGUAGCAUAUAUUUCCAUCAGGUUAUGGCUUUGCCCUCAUGACCUAGAAUUCUCCUGACAUUUUUAAUAACUUGUGACUGAUUCUUUUAUGUUCUGAAACUAAAUAAAAAAAAAUUUGAGCUGGA